UUUUUCCGCUAGAGGGCCAAGACGAGCCCCAAAACCGUUAAAAUUUACUUGUCGUUCAUACAAAUAAACCCGAUAACUGGCCUCUGCUGUCAAAUAUCGGACCAAGUGAAAUUGCACAAUUUAGUACUAUUAGUAGAGUUAGUUUGACCGUUAUUCAGGAGACGUACGUUCGAGCUCUGAACCGAAUAAUGAAUUGAGAAGGAAAUUGUCGUUACACAUCUGGAAGUGAAGCUGAUACCGAACAGAUUCUUCGGUUCUUGUCAAAUGAGAUCUCGUAUUAGUCCGAGACCCACUGUGUGGUGCCUUAUCUAUUGCUUGGUGUCAUUAUCUUUUUCGUUCAACCAAACUGACAGUGUGAACACACAUUCUAUUGAAAAUGAAUAUCAGCCUGUUGAAGAAGCAAUUAUUUAUCCCAAAGAUGAGGAAGUGGAUGUUAAAGAAUAUCCCAAGCUUAUAACAAAUUCUCUAGAAAUUUCUCCAGUUGUUGCUGGGCAACCACCCCACGAUGGAAUUCUUCUAACCACUGAAUCUCCAGCAAUUUUGGAUGACAACCUGACAUCAAGUGAAGUGACAGUGCCUGUGGAUAAUCUAGACGCGGAUCUAUCGGUACCGAGUAUUGAAGUUUUAUCUUCUACCGAAAUUCUAGAAGAAUCUGCUUAUCCCGAGAUUUCUGCCAGUGAGGUUAUCUCUGCUGAUGUUGAGCCCAAUGUCCAACUGGAAAAUGUUCUAACUACAAAUAAUGUGCUUAAUGUGACCAACAAUGUGACCCGUAACAACGAGAGUGGAUCUAGUGAAGAUGACAUCCCAUCAUUCAGUGAAUGGACGUUAAAGGUGUUGGCGGAGGAAGAGAAAUCAGGUGCAAACGGAAGUACUGGUGUGCAAACCCCUGCUAAAUUGUCUGCCACCCCAAAAUUGCGACAAAAAAACUAUGCCUCGCCAGAUUGCGGAGCGAAAAUAUUGGAUGCCAACAGCGAAGCUGAACACACGUCUGCCAUUUUGGACCCGUCUAGAGAUGAAUAUUUUUUAAGUAUCUGCUCGGCGAAAAUUUGGUUUGUGAUUGAAUUAUGUGAAGCCAUUCAAGCUCAAAGGGUGGGCAUUGCCAAUUUCGAGUUAUUUUCAUCCUCGCCGAAGGAUUUCCGCGUUUACAUUAGCGACCGUUAUCCAACUCGGGAUUGGGCUUUGAUUGGUCUGUUCACCGCCGCUGAUGAGAGGUCCAUUCAAAGUUUCACACUGGAAAGACAGCUCUUUGGCAAGUUCGUUAAGGUGGAAUUGGUCAGUCACUAUGGCAAGGAACAUUUUUGUCCCAUAUCACUUUUUCACGUCUACGGUAACAGCGAAUACGAGGUGCUAGACAAUGAAGAAGAUUCCCGGACGGGAUCAAUUUCACACCGCCAAGAAGAGGAUUCAACAGAGGAAGAAAUGCUUUUUGAUUUGCAAAAAAAUAACAGCAACACCGAUGUCGUCGUGGAAGGAAGAAAUUUAUUUGGGAGUGCCAAAGAUGCUGUCAUCAACAUAGUGAAGAAAGCGGCCGAAGUCCUUACCAAGAGUCCUGCUCCACAAAGUGUGAUGGUGACCGUUAACGAAACAGAUAAUAAAGAAGCGAUACACCCGACUGUUUGCUACACAGCAGUCGAGCCGGUCAAUGUGUCACGAGCUAUCAACGGAUCUCUCAGCUGCGAAUGGAAAGAAUUGAAAUUUCUUGCCUCACUGCCUUGGCUUCACUCUUCGUUGCUCCUCCAAUGUCAGAAAGAGUCGUUUGAUCAAACAUUUUCUUCGGUAGAAUUGGCUUUCGCUGAAUCUAUAUGGACUCGGUUGACUAUUCAAGCUCUUUGCCACUGGAUCUUGCCAGAAGACCCGCACAUUCCAGCUUCAUUAGAAUCAGUCUCACCCUCAAUUGUGGAGUUGGAUGUGCCUGAAAAUGUAAAUCCGUGUACUGAAGCUCAACAGGUCGGUGAAGUGGAAUCCAUCGCUGCUGAGCAGCCCAGUGCUGAACAGACUGAACUCGAAAAUUUGGAACAGUUAUUUUCUGAAGAAAUGGGAACAGUAGCAACGUCGUCGGAUGACCUACCAAUUGGAAUGGAGACCAUUAUCCCAAAUGAUGGCUUCUUAAUUGAGCCUUCAAAGCCCAUUGGUGUACAACAGCAACAACAAGAGCAACAUCAACAGUAUGAUCAACAGCAGCCCCAGGAGCAACAGAUACAGCAACAACAACAUCGUCAGCAGCAGACACAGAAGGAAUCGGUGUUUGUCCGGCUUUCCAACAGGAUUAAAGUGCUGGAGCGCAACAUGUCGUUAUCCGGCCAAUAUUUGGAAGAGCUUAGCCGUCGGUACAAACGCCAAGUAGACGAUAUGCAGAAAUCGUUAAAUCGUACGCUACAGACUUUGAACGACACGUUGCAGCGAAUGAGCACGCAAGAAGAGCGUUAUCAAGUCGUACUUAGUCAACUUCAUGGGGAUAUGGCCGAAUUAAAAACCUCGGCGUACAAACUGGCAGAGGAGAAUCUGGUCCUUCGAGCUCAGACAAUUGAACAGCACUUGUUUCUUAUGGUGGUUGAGGUGAUUGUCAUAGCAGUAUUGGUCGUCUUUCUUCUACGUAAUUUUACGCGGCCACAAUUUAAUCAGCCACCCGAUCCUUGUCCUCGUCAUUCUCCGACUCACCGACAAAAAGAGCACCAGCCAGCUUCAUUAGAUUUCCGGCUCGAGGUCGGUCAGAAGGUUGAAGAAGUCGAGAUGGUCAAAAAUAAUUCGCCCGUGUCCCUGAACAUGUCAGAAAAGGCCUUGCAGCCAUACAAGACGAAAACUCAGGUUAGUCCAACACCCAGUCUUGCCGACAGCUCGAGCUCCGGAUGCGAGUCAGCUUUCAGUUUCCCAAAUUCAAAUUGUACAACAACGAGUCGCGAUCCAAGUCCAGUUGAUGGUAACAGAGCUAGGGGCAAAUCGAGCAAGAGUGGUAGCAAGAAACAGCAGAAGAAAAGGAAACAAAGUCUUAAUAAUGUCCUCCCCAACGACAAAGCAUCCAUCUACCACUCGAAAGAUGCCAGGUCAACUAUACACCCCCCAAAAAUUCGCCUCAAAUCUGACAAUUGGGAAUGGCACUCUCGAGCUAAAAUCCUUGCAGCCCAAUUUAUUAAAGAAAACUACCAAACGAGUGGAAUGCGAAGUAGCUUUUAAAAAAAAGGAGCGCAGAAUCAUAAAAAAAGAAUAAGAAUCUGUACAGACGGAAACGAAAAAUUCCUAUGACCCUUACUUUUUUUUGUACAUUCUUAUUGAAGAAAAAGGGACAUUUGUUGUAUUUUUCUAGAUUGAUAGUUGAUUGAUUAAAAUGUUGACAGGGAAAAGGCCUAAAUCGGAUAUCCGCAUUUAUUAUUAUUUUUUUUUAGAGAUUGUUAUUCCGGCUCUAGUCGUGACAAUUGGAAAUGAAAAGCAAGCAAAAAAAAAAAUAAUAUCCUUUUCCCCUUCAUUUUAUGAUUUGCGAAAUUAGGCUAUUUCGUGUGAUAUUUUUGAUGACUUACUUACUGUACUUUUUCACGCGUUUCUUUAUCCUCCCAUCUGAAUACUUGCCCGUUCCGUUUCGGCUGACUUUUGAGACACAAAGGUAGAAACAAAAAAAAAUUUGGAAACCCGGAGCGGAUAACCUCGUCAUUCUUUAAAAGUGUUAAGGACCCACCGGUAACUAGUAGCAAUUUUAAUUGUCGAAAGAUGCAUACAGAAUGAUGGAGACUAUCAGUGACUAAACGUAAGUCAGCACGAGCAUAAAUUUGCGGUGAUAUUUAAACAAUUCUUGGGUUUCAUGUGAAUUUUCUACUUUUUGUGUCAUGACCGACAGCUUUUUGUUUUGUGUGUUCGAUUUUUUAACGGUAUAUACUCGCUUGCUGUUUCAAUACAAUUAGCUCGUUUUACAAUCCCAUAAA